UGGGCAGUCAGCGCUGCUGUCAGUCUGCGUCUGCGGGGCUCCGCUGCAGCUCCAGGCCGGCCAAUGGGAAGCGGGCAGCCGCUCCGCGCGCCGCUGACCGUCCGGGCUGCUUUUUCUCCCUGAGAGAGCUCCUGGAUGCGGGCUCCUUUACACCCGCAGAUGUCCCGAAAGGCGCAGGUGCGCGCUGGAGCCUUCCUCCUCCCCCUCCUCCUCUUCCUCCAAACCGUUCGUCUUUAAAGGAGGCGCUGCUAUUGUUUGUUGUCACUUCCGGCCGGGGCGCGAGCGCUGAGCGGCACCGGCGGGGCAGCGGCUCACUGGCACCGAUGCUCCGUGCGGGAAGGAUGGAGGAGUUCGUGACGGAGGAGGAGGAGCCGUGGUACGACCAGCGGGACCUGGAGCAAGGGGCUGGAGGAAGCGGACGAGGCCGGGUCAGCUUCGUCCAGACAGGAAAGGCCCGGGAUGUGCUUUCACAUUUCGCAGUAAUUGACACAAAUGGGUGCACUUUGAGCGGAGAUGAGUGCUCCGGGAGGAUGUCCGAGCUGCUGCCGUCGGCAACCACACUGCGGCCCCUGAAACCCCUCCAUUCAUGCUCAGCCACGGCCGACCUGCACCUGGCCGCAGAGCUCGGCAAGACUCUCCUCGAGCGCAACAAGGAGCUGGAGGACUCCCUCCAGCAGAUGUACAUCAACAAUGAGGAGCAAGUGCAGGAGAUCGAGUACCUGUCCAAGCAGCUGGAGAUGCUGCGGGACAUGAACGAGCAGCACGCCAAGGUGUACGAGCAGCUGGACGUGACGGCCAGGGAGCUGGAAAUCACCAACGAAAAGCUGGUGCUGGAGAGCAAGGCCUCGCACCAGAAGAUCGACAGGCUGACCGGGACCAUGGAGGCCCUGCAGAGCCAGGUGGACAGCCUGACGGCUCGGGUGGAGGAGCUGAGGACUCUGGAGGAGCUGAGGGUCCGCCGGGAGAAGAAGGAGCGCCGCAAGACGGUGCACUCCUUCCCCUGCCUGAAGGAGCUGUGCACGGCCCCCAGGUACGAGGACGGCUUCCUGCUGGCCAACCCGGGCAGCGUGGACCUGGUGGAGCGCCGGCCCCCGGCCGAGGAGAACGAGCGGCUGAGGGACCUGGUGUCCUCGCUGCGCGCCGCCAUGGCCGGCGAGCGCUCGCGGCGGGAGGGCGCGGAGCGGGCGUGCGGCGCGGCGCUGCAGGAGUUCCAGCGGCUGGAGCAGCGGCUGCUGGGGGCGGAGGGCUGCCGGCUGCGCGUGCAGGAGCUGGAGGCCGAGCUGCAGGAGAUGCAGCAGCUGCGCCGGUCCCGGCUCAGCCUGCUGGGCGAGGCCGAGGAGGGCCUGCAGGCGCUGCUGGCCAACGGGCCCGAGACCGACUCCCCGGAGGAGCCCGGGGGGCCGGAGGGCGCCGCCGGCGGCGUGGAAGGAGGCGGCGGCGGGGAGGCGGGUGGGCAGCAGGGCCCCGUGCGCAAGAGCUGCAGCGACACGGCCCUCAACGCCAUGUCGGCCGGCGGCGGGCGGCGGCCGGCCAGCUACGGCAACGGCGGGCGGGGCAAGCGGGGCAUGUCCAUCCUGCGGGAGGUGGACGAGCAGUACCACGCCCUGCUGGAGAAGUACGAGGAGCUGCUGGGCAAGUGCCGGCGCCACGAGGACAGCCUGCGCCACGCCGGCGUGCAGACCUCCCGGCCCGUGUCCAGGGACCCCUCCCUGAGGGAGUACAGCAUGGCCGCCGCCGCCGCCGAGCCCGGGCCUGCCACCGCCGCCACGCCCGCCGCCGCCGCCACGCCCACGCCCCCUCAGGCCCCGUCCACCCCCGAGGCCCUGGAGGGCAUCAGCCGGCAGGUGGAGCAGGUGGACAAGCGGCUGAGCCAGAACACGCCGGAGUACAAGGCGCUCUUCAAGGAGAUCUUCUCCAGACUGCAGAAGACCAAGAGCGACCUGAGCUCCUCCAAGAGCAGGAAGAGCCACAAGUGA